AACACCCCAACCUGAGAUUCACUUAAAUCUUUCCGCUUCCAAUGAGUGAUUUGCCCGGCCACUGUAACCAAACUCCGGCGACCGGAAAAUGAUUUUCAAGAACACCAUUUUUAAUCUUUCACUAAUCAUUAUCUUAAUCUCAAUCUCUAGUUUUCAUUUCAAGAAACCCAUAAAUGACCAAACCCUAAUCUCCAAAUCACAAAACCAAACAAACUAUAUAGUUAGAUUCAUAGAAUACAAGAAAGUAGAGCAGCAUAAAAAGUAUCUUGAACAAGAAACAAGCAAAAAGAUUCAAUCUUUGAAGUGGAAAUGGGUCGAAAGGAAUAACCCAGCUGCAAAAUUUCCAACGGAUUUCGGGGUUGUGUCGAUUGACGAUGAGGCGGUUGGUUCGGUUAUCAAGGAGUUUGAAAAGCUGAAAAUGGUGAAAGAUGUUAGUGUUGAUUCAAGUAUUCAGCUAAGAAACUUGCUUGGUGGUGAUGAGAAGGGAAAGGAUGUUAGAAUUGGCGCGUUUUCGGAUGGGAAGAAACGGGCUGGAAAGAUUUUUACUUCAAUGUCAUUUAGUGAAAAAGAUGACGAUAGUAAUUAUACAAUUCAUUGGGGAAGAGAGCUACUUUCAGGGGUAAAAAAAAGUUAUAUGUUAAAUGUGAGAUCACAAGUUACAUCGUUGUUUGGGGCAGAUGCACUUUGGUCAAAAGGGUAUACAGGGGCUAAAGUUAGGAUGGCUAUAUUUGAUACUGGGAUUCGUUCAGAUCAUCCGCAUUUUCGUAAUAUUAAGGAGCGAACUAACUGGACUAACGAAGAUACUUUAAAUGAUAAUCUUGGACAUGGUACAUUUGUUGCUGGAGUGAUUGCUGGUGAAGAUGCAGAAUGUCUCGGGUUUGCACCAGAUACGGAGAUUUAUGCUUUUCGAGUGUUUACAGACGCGCAGGUUUCAUACACAUCUUGGUUUUUAGAUGCGUUUAAUUAUGCUAUCGCAAGCAAUAUGGAUGUCCUAAAUUUGAGCAUUGGCGGGCCUGAUUACUUGGAUCUUCCUUUUGUAGAGAAGGUUUUGGAAUUGACAGCUAGCAAUAUUAUAAUGGUAUCUGCAAUUGGGAAUGAUGGGCCCCUUUAUGGUACACUGAACAACCCCGCUGAUCAAAGUGAUGUUAUUGGUGUUGGUGGUAUUGAUUACAAUGAUCACAUUGCCUCAUUCUCAUCACGUGGUAUGAGCACGUGGGAGAUUCCUCAUGGCUAUGGACGUGUUAAACCAGAUGUAGUUGCCUAUGGACGAGAAAUUAUGGGGUCCAAGAUUAGCACAGGUUGUAAAACUUUAUCAGGAACGAGUGUCGCAAGUCCUGUGGUUGCUGGUGUAGUGUGCCUCCUUGUCAGUGUCAUCCCUGAAGGUGACCGAAAACAAGUCUUGAAUCCAGCAAGCAUGAAACAAGCUCUAGUUGAGGGGGCUGCAAAGCUUUCGGGUCCAAAUAUGUAUGAACAGGGAGCAGGCCGGGUUGACCUGUUAGAAUCAUAUGAAAUAUUAAAGAACUACAAGCCACGAGCAAGUAUCUUUCCGAGCAUUCUUGAUUACACCGACUGCCCGUAUUCAUGGCCGUUCUGCCAACAACCACUGUAUGCGGAUGCAAUGCCAGUUCUUUUCAACACUACCAUAUUGAAUGGAAUGGGUGUAAUUGGGUAUGUUGAAAGUCAACCUGUUUGGCAUCCUUCAAAUGAGGAAAGCAAUUUUUUAAGUAUUCAUUUCACUUAUUCUGACAUCAUUUGGCCUUGGACCGGUUAUCUUGCACUCCACAUGCAAAUCAAAGAAGAAGGAGCUCAGUUUUCUGGAGAAAUCGAGGGCAAUGUAACGGUUAAAAUAUACAGCCCACCAGCUUUAGGUGAAAAGUCGUUUCGACACAGUACGUGUGUGCUUCAUUUGAAGUUAAAAGUGAUUCCGACACCUCCAAGAUCAAUGAGAAUUCUGUGGGACCAAUUUCAUAGUAUCAAGUACCCACCUGGUUACAUUCCCCGGGACUCGUUGGAUGUUCGUAACGACAUUCUUGAUUGGCAUGGGGACCACUUGCAUACUAAUUUCCAUAUUAUGUAUAAUAUGCUGAGAGACGCAGGGUAUUUUAUUGAAACACUUGGUUCACCUUUGACAUGUUUUGAUGCUCGUGAGUAUGGAACUCUUUUGUUGGUGGAUCUUGAAGAUGAAUAUUUUGAAGAAGAGAUUCAGAAGUUGAGGGAUGAUGUUGUGAAUACUGGACUUAGUUUGGUUGUUUUUGCUGAUUGGUAUAAUGUUGAUACAAUGGUCAAAAUGAGGUUUUUCGAUGAUAAUACCCGAAGCUGGUGGACUCCGGUUACAGGUGGUGCUAAUAUCCCCGCACUGAAUGAUCUUUUGGCACCGUUUGGUAUUGCUUUUGGAGAUAGGAUAUUAAAUGGCGACUUCAAUUUAAAUGAUGAAUUGAUCAGAUACGCUUCUGGGACCAAUAUUGCUAAAUUCCCGGGUGGUGGCUAUGUGCAUAGUUUUCCAUUUUAUGACAGUUCGGAGAGUGGGGCCACACAUAGCUUCCUAGCAUCUGGCACAGACAAUCAGGGAGACUCAGCAAUUCUUGGACUAUUGGAGGUGGGAGGUAGCCGAAUUGCUGUAUAUGGGGAUUCCAACUGUUUGGAUAGCAGCCAUAUGGUUACCAACUGUUACUGGCUCCUAAGAAAAAUACUAGAAUUUACGGGCAGGAAUAUGAAAGAUCCCAUACUUUUCUCAGAUUCGGUCAAACAAAAAGUACCCUUACAGCAAGAUGAUGACCAGUUACCCUCCCGGAGGACUGAUUUGAACUUUUCGACAUAUUCCGCGGUUGCUGGAAAGGAAUUGGUUUGCAGGAGUGAUUCCAGGUUUGAGGUGUGGGGAACAAAGGGGUAUGGAUUACAGGUUAGAGGACGGAAUCGUAGAUUGCCAGGGUAUAAAUCAAUUGAUCUUGGCAGGGGCUUAAAUUCUUCAUCUGAUAUCCCUAUUCCAAAGGGUCCUAAGAUUCUUGACAAAAACAAAGAGAAUUCGUCAGGCAACAAAUUGUUUGGCUUGCUGUACAGAGAUGAUUUGGAUGCUCCUGUUGUGUUUCCGAGCCAUUGGCUUGUUCCUGCUGCUGUUGCUGUUUUAGGGAUUUUGCUCCUGAUAAAUUUCUGGAGAAUCAGACUAAAGAGGCGUCGAAGAAGGAAAGGAUCUACAUCUAGCCGUUAUACUAACCUCUAGGGAUCAAAUUUUGAGUUGAAUCUGCUUGUGUAAUACUAGUUGAAAUACUGGGGCUAGUGGUAGUUUUGCAUAAAUAGUAAAAACCAGUAGCAUUUUUAUAUAAAUGGAAAGAAACUAUAUGAAAUUUUGCAGUGAUA